CCCGCCCACACAGUAUUCUAAAAGCCUGCACCUGGAAGCUUGUUCAGUAGUGGCUCAGUAGUGGGUGAUUCAGAUGUAUCUUGGGUCAAAGUAACAGAUGCUGUGGACUCAAUUAUUCUCACUUAUCUGGAUACAGAAUGAAUACCAUAACCAUCAGCUUGUUCGCCACUCUGUGUGUGGGAAUCCUCAGUGCGUCCCCCCCUGAGACUCUGGUCCGGAAGAAGAGACACUGGAUCAUAGAUUCGUUUCAGAUCACAGAGGAGUAUCCUGGUCCUUUCCCUUAUUUGCUGGGCAAAAUCGAGUUUGAAAAAAAGCAGGUUGAGAAAAAGCAGGAUGAGAAAAAGCAGUUUGCAGUUUUUUUCAAUCUACAAGGCAAGGGAGUAACAGAGGAGCCAAAAGGAACCUUGACCAUCGACACACAUGGUGAAAUUUGGGUUCAUAAGAAGAUAGACUACGAGAAGCAUAAACAACUGAAUCUCAUAUUUGAGGCCUAUGUCCUAGAAAACAACAAUGUUGUGACCACCAGACUAGGGGUGGAGGUGGAGGUGAUGGACAUCAAUGACAAUACUCCUAGAUUUGAAAAGGAAACUUAUACUGUCAACCUGAAGGAGUCCGCAUCACAGAAUACAUUUCUAACUGGGGUUCUAGCAUCAGAUAAGGAUAAAUACAUGACCAACAAUGGCACACUUGACCUCAGGAUUGUUUCUGUCAGCCCAUUGCCAAUUGACCUGGAGUUCUACAUCGAGCAGAGUGGCCCAGGGAACCAUCGAGUUGGAAUAAUCCAGUUUAAAGGAUGUCUUGACCAUGAGAAAGCAGAAAAAUACACCAUCCUGGUGGAGGCCAAGGACCGCGGAGAGAAGGUUCAGCUCUCCAGCAUCUCCACCGUCAUUAUAAACAUAGAGGAUGGAAACAACCACCUGCCUGUCUUCACAGGACAAACAGGCUCAGGAAGAGUGAAGGAGGGGGAUGAGAAAGUACCAGUUUUACGAAUGCAAGUUUCAGACCAGGACACUCCAGGUACAGAUGCAUGGAGGGCGGUGUACACCAUCCAUGUAGACAAAGGCAACCACUUCAGAAUCACCACUGACCCACAGAGCAAUGAAGGAGUCCUGUUUGUUGAUAGGGCCCUGGACUAUGAGAAGGGAUCUCUGAGGAACCUCUCUGUCAGUGUGACAAACAUGGUGCCCUACCACACUUGUCAGGUCAAAGGUCGUCCUGACAAAGGUUUAUGGGAUGUGGUUACCACUGGAGAUGUCCCAGCCAUCCGCCAGGUGGUGGUGACCGUGGAGGAUGUAAAUGAGCCUCCUUUCUUCACUCCUGAUGUCAAAAACAUUACGGUGGAUGAGAACAUGCCGGUAGGAUUGAGUCUGGAGGUGUUCACAGCCAAAGACCUGGACCACAACUACGACAACACCUUGCUGUACAUGAAGGGAGAGGACCUAAAUGAGUGGGUCAAAGUGGAUUCAAAGUCUGGAACCAUAACCACAGCCAAGAUAUUAGACAGAGAGGCCCCCAACAUCAUCAAUGGUCACUACAAAGUGACUCUCUACGCUGUUGACUCAGGUAAGCCACCCAUGACUGGAACUGGAACCCUCAACAUCCACCUAAAUGACCAGAAUGAUAAUACGCCUUUUCUGGAGAGGACGAGCAUGGACAUGUGUCUGUCAGACCAGGCCUCUGUUACCAACAUCACUGCCUUGGAUCUGGAUGGAGACCCCUACAGUGGGCCCUUCCACUUCCAGCUUGAGGGGGAUGUCAAGGACAAGUGGAAGCUUGAACCCAACAAUGGCUACACGGGACAGCAAGCUGUGCACAACCUGUCAGUCACUGUGUGUGAGUGCUCCCAAAUACAACACUGUGACCUCCGCAGUGCCACACAGCUGGGAGGUGGGACAGCCAUCGGGAUACUCUUGGCCCUCCUGCUGCUGGUAGGCGUCCUGCUGCUUGCCCUCAUGCUGUCCUGUGAGGGUGAGAUGAGGCCCAUCCUAGAAGAAAGCUCAGGCAACAUAAUGAAAUCAUACAUUGAAACACCAGGAAGUGACUGUGUGGUACCCCUCCUUCCUCUGCAAAUCCCUGCAAUAACAGCAGUGACUCAAGACAAUUAUGAAAAACGUACGGCAGCGGGAGCUGAGCUGGGGUCUCAGAGCUCAAAUCUGCUUAGGGAUUCAGUGUACCAACCAGGUCUAGGAAGACAACAAGGCUCCUUCCACUGGGUACAGUCAACUACAUUGAACCAAAGUAUGAGUAUAAGAAGUAAAUAUUGGUCUGAGGAUUCUUAUCUGGACAAAUAUGAUGCUCUGCUCCCUGUACUCCACAAGAAGACGUACAGACUCCAGAUGCAAGGGAAUGAGCUGGGUGACUACUCCCCCCACCCCUAUGCAGAAGAGGGGGACCCAGAGACCAGCUCCCAGCUGGAUGCCAUCUCCAUCCCUGAGAGCCCCUUUAACACAGACAUGCUGCUACACCUAGGGCCCAGGUUCAACACCCUGGCCUCUCUUUGCACGACUAAGCUCAACUCAUCCUGAACUGCCCUCUCCUUGCUCUCUGCUCUCUCUCUUUGGAUGCAUCUUAGCCGUGUUGUACGCUAGAAACUGUAGGCUAUUGGAUGUUAUUGAGCUUUAUGUUCAACAUAAACAUUAAUCAGUAAAACUGAUGACUGUUAACCCUGUGAAGCCUGACAUAUCAACUAAUAUCCCGAAAAUGCUGUUGUUUUGUUAUUAUAGUGUUUAUUGGACCUUUAGUCAAAACAUUUUUUUUUAUGCUGGAUAAAAUGGAUAGAGAUCAAGUGACUACUGAGUGAGUGACUACUAAGGUGGUCUUAUUGUUCUGUGGCAUUUGGCAGGUGACCGAUACCACAAACCAAAGAUGUAUGUACAGGAAUUGGCAUAUAAGUAACUUGUUAAAAAGUUGUUGUUGAUUAUGUAGUGUUUUCUUAAGGCAGCUUUUUUGUCUUAAAAAGCCGUAUAAAAUGUCAAUAACGUCUUACACAUUGUACGACCAGAGAUAGUGCUUAGCGGCAAGCUCUUAUCACUUUUUUUUUUUUCUCGAGGCAUCGACAGGUUAUUCUCUCCCUGUAAAUACCCAUGCUAGAAAGAGUUUUGGCUUGCUAAUGUUGUUGCUAAUGUUGCUAAUGCUCUGACAUUCUGGUUCCGCUUGUAGGGUGACCAGACGUCCUCUUUACCCGGACAUGUCCUCUUUUCGAGACCUAAAAAAUGCGUCCGGUAGGGAUUCCAAAAACUUCGGUGAUUUUAUGUCGUCGGAUGUUUGUGUUUCUCUGGGACUUUCACAAACCAAUUAUUACACAGACAUCCCAGAGAAUGUCUAAUAAAGAGAACUCCCACUUCCGGGAAACUUCCGGGUUCUGAACUGGUUGCAGUUCCACUC